AUGGUACGUUUAAUUCAAAAUCAGAAAAAUCAAGCCGUCGGUGUGAUUGGGCGCUGCUGUUGCGAAGACAUUCAACGUCAGCAGAAGGACUAUCAGCCUACUGAGAUGACGCCACCUUGUGACUCGGUCUCUAUUCAAAACCGACCCAGAAUUUGGCCGUCCAAGGAGCAGCUGCCCAGGAAUCUGAGAGCGACCUCGAUUAAGUCUUUCUUGUGGGUCUCUGCCGCACAUCUCAGAUCUCCCUACAGUGGCCUUGUGACUAUCACCAACGACCCGUGGUGCCUGAGUCUCCAAGUGUUGGACCAGACACGAACAAAUGCUUACACCCCGGCGGACUUCUUCUCUGCAUACACAGAUUUCGAGGAGAGUCAAUAUGACUUGACGUAUGACUGUUUCGGGAGGUCGAAGGAGAAAAUGGUUCUGACACACAGCGAAUCAUCAACAACCACUUUAUCUUUUCACAGGUAAAUGUCUUCUUUUGACAGACUGACUCAUCUAAGUUAGGUGAAACUAGUAAUUGAAUAUGUGAGGCAGCGUGGUGGCAUCAGGCUCUCGUCAAAAUAAUCAAAA